GAAAGUGCCCUCCCAUAUUAGAUUGGUUGGGUCUCCAUCUGGUUAUGCAAAGUGUAGACAUCCUAUCAGAAUUUCUUGCACUCACAAAGUUUGAAACCAUAAUUUAUCCAUCUAGAAAAGAAAAAAUCACUUUAGCUUGAUGAACACCCCCCCAACCCCGCCAAAACCCCCGGCCUCCACCCAGAAGAGAAAAAGAUGAAUAUUGUGUAUAUAGUUGUUAUAAUAUCCUGCUGUCGUAUUUUCACAGAAAAAAAUACACCCACUGGCAUCUCAUUUUGAAUUUCAUUAGGUGGAAGAUCAGGAGAAGUGGAGGAUGUCCUUUGUCAUGCCCUCAAAGUAUGGUUCGGACUUGCCGCUACCAAUGGAUUCGUCUGUAACUAUCAAAGAGGUGCCAAGGAAAACUGUCGCAGUUGUUGCCUUUUCAGGUUUUGUGACUGAUGAAGAAGUAAAAGCCCGAGAAUCAAGACUUCGCACGGCACUAAAGGGAGAUGCAGAGUUUCGGGUAAAAGAUGGUGCCUUGAUAGAAAUUGCACAGUACAAUCCACCAUUUACUCUUCCGUUCACACGGCGAAAUGAAAUUAGCCUGGAAGUUGAAAAGAAACAGGAAUAGCUAAUCAGUGUGCAGUAUAUUGCAGAUAAAUGCGUGCACUGAUGUAGAGAAACCAGUGAAGCAAAACUUCACCACUAUACGUUAAAGUCAUAAUAUGGUGUGUAAAUAUUGUAUCAAUAUACUCCUUGUAUAUAUACAUCUCAGGCGAUUGCGCUUGACCUUUUCGUCAUAAGCUUAUGUGCAUGCACAAAAAUGUACAGGUCCCUCAUUGCUUCUACUCUGAAAAUAAUAAGACUCUUUAGUCUUUUAAUUU